CCUCGCGCGGUCUAAAAAUCAAAAUGGCGGACGAACUUGCACCACGAGGCCUCUCGUAAAAAUGCACCGAUGAUUAGAUUUUCAAAAGCAAUAUUCAGGUUUUGAACUAAAAAUGGACCUGUUUCGUAUAGAAAGAUACUUAGGUGACGAAGAGUCGCCGGCUAAGUCGAGAAGCUUCUCAAUCAAGGAACAUAUCGCCCAACGAAGGCGAUCUUUAAGAAAAUUGUCGCCCAAAAUCAACAACAACUCACAGCAAAAUAUUCAACAAGUUUCGAAUCUUGGUGACGACGAAAAAGCCAAAGACACUAUUGAAAAUGAGGAUUCUAAAAAGAAGAGGCAUAAAGAUAAAGAUCAUGACGAGGAACUUGAGGUAAAAAUGGAGAAGAAGAAAUCGAAGUCGACGAAAGUCGAGGUUGAACAGCUUGAGGAAGAGCUUUUAGAUCUUGGUGAAAUCGAGUCUAUAAAAAAAAUAAGCCAGAGAGGUAAUGAAGAAGGUGAGAGUAAAGAUGGGGACAAUAGGGGGCUUGAGAAAGACCUCAAAAUAGAGGACACAGACAUAAAUGGAGUGAGACAAGCGUCGGGUUUCACAGUGAUUGGAAGAAACAAGAGAAAAAAGAAAAUACACAAUGUCCAACGAACUCUACCAGGCUGGCUAUCCAACCCUGAGGUGAUAAGCCCAGAUUUUGAUAAAGGAAAAAUUCCGGUGUCUAGCUUACAAUGUCUCUCCACAUCCCUUCAAAAGAAACUUAAAGAACAAGAUAUCAACAGUUUCUUCCCAGUUCAAAGUUCAGUCAUACCUGCAAUCCUGUCAAACCUUGCUUCAGGGACUCUUGCUGGGCUAGGAGGAUACCGUCCUUCUGAUAUCUGUGUGUCUGCUCCUACAGGAAGUGGUAAAACCUUGGCGUAUGUGCUACCUCUAGUGCAGGCAAUUUCACAAUGCACUGUUUGCCAUCUACAGGCCUUAGUGCUUUUACCUACAAAAGACCUUGCGAAUCAAGUUAAAAGAGUUUUUGAUACUUUCAUACAAGGCACAAGCGUCAGAGUGGGGCUAGCACCCUCAAAUAAAACACUUCAGAAGGAGCAAGAUAGUUUAGUUGGACAAAGUUGUGGAAGCACAAGCCAUGUGAAUAUCUUAGUAACCACCCCUGGUCGUCUGGUGGAACAUAUCUCCUCUACUCCUGGAUUUACUCUUCAACAUCUGAGAUUCCUAGUUAUUGAUGAGGCUGAUCGCCUGCUUGACCAGUCCUACAACAACUGGCUGUCUAAAGUGAUACAUGCUGCCCAAGAGUCUGUGAAUACACUCCCUUUAAAUGAUAGCAGUUCAUUUAUGUUUCAACUUGGGACAAAGAGAAAGCACCACAGGCACAUCACAGCAGCCAGCUACUCCAAGAUUCAGGUUCCUCUACAGAAGCUCUUAUUUUCUGCUACAAUGACCCACAGUCCUGAAAAACUAGCUGCCUUACAGCUGUACAACCCGAUGCUGUUUGCUGUUUCUAAUACUCCUGAGAUGUCAACAGAGAAUGAUGAAGAUGCUGCAGGAACAAGCCGCUAUAGUCUGCCGGUUGGACUGACAGAUCACAUGGCAGUCUGUAAAAAUGGGGAGAAGCCUUUGAUGGUGUUAUUCCUACUUCUCAAGUGUGGAUUUAAAGGUGUUCUUUGCUUUACCUCUUCACUUGAGGCAACUCACCGAUUGUACUUGUUGAUCAAACUGUAUGGAGAGGUGGCUGUUGCGGAGUACUCCUCAAGCCUGACACCCCAGCAGAGGCGUGGCAUCCUGAGAGAUUUCAAACAAGGUGCCAUUCAGAUCAUCAUAUGUUCAGAUGCCAUGGCACGAGGCAUGGAUAUCGACAAUGUGUCCUAUGUCAUCUCUUAUGAUGCUCCCAAUCAUGCCAAGGGGUACAUCCACAGGGUAGGAAGAACAGCAAGGGCUGGGAACCAAGGUACGGCUGUCACAUUGCUGCAUAGUGAUGAGGUGUUUCAUUUCAAAAUCCUGAUUCAGAAGACAGGCCGUCACAAGAUACCUAAAUACCGUGUGAAGGAGUCGGAGCUUGAACCUCUGAUUGAAAAGUAUAGAGAGACCCUCGCUAAGCUUGAGCAGACCAUCCUAGAGGAGAGAAACUAUUGUCACAGAACAAGGACUAGAUAGAGAAAGUUGUCAAAAAUAGAGACAGACAGAAGUCAAUCACAAUUCAUGUCGAACAACCAAUAGAAAAUCAAAAUUGAUCAAUUUUGACGGGGGGAGGGGAAAGGUACAGGACCCCCCCCCCCCUACCCACUUCCCCCUAGAAAAAUGAUGUUAAUUAAAAGGAUUAAUAAAAAUUUUGAAUAAAAGACUUGAGGAGAAUUAAGAAAUAUUCCAGCCCA